AUGAACCCGGGCGUAUUUUACGGCCAAAGAGCCGCAAAGGUGCCUUCCGAAUGCAGUGAUGACUCUGACCACGAAUCGAGCGACGACGAACCAGAAAAUAGUGGUUCAGCCCGGGCAUGUGUCUCAGAGAAUCCCAGAAUGUCUCCAGGAUGCUGUGCAGCUGUGACGUUGUUCAUACCGGGGGCUGUGGCAACGGUGGUAGUCUUCGCGUCCCUUUGGCUAGGCGGGGUACAAGCCGGCCCCAACGAAAGUCUCUCGCAACUAACUGCCAGUGGCCCUUGGCAGCCCAAAGAUAGUCCGAUAGACAAUCCCUGGACCUCCCCUUCCACCACGAGUGCGCCAGAAACCCGCAUCAUGGAACUGGAUUUCCAGACGCUCAGCGCCAUCGUCGGUCUGGCUAAAUAUAUCCUGUCCUUCACCACUAGCUGCAACUACCGUGGAAACACCUACCAGUGCGCCAUUGGAAUUCAGUGCUGGAUGCAGGGCCAGAGGGCUCUCGAUUUGUGCAAUGGAGGCUUCGUGUGGAGUUGCUGCGUCCCCUGGAAUGCUCAGGCGUCCAAGGUUGGGCUGGUGCAGAAUAUUUCAUGCGGCAGAACCUAUCUACGGCAUUCCAAGGUGGUUGGUGGUGAAAACGCCAAGUUUGGGCAGCAGCCAUGGCAGGCGGCGGUGGUGGUGAGGCGGCUGUUUUCAGAAAAGAUCUCCUGUGGAGGGGCCUUGGUGCAUGAAAGCUGGGUCAUCACGGCAGCUCACUGCGUAGACAGAACGUCUACGUCGAGCAUACGGGUCCGGCUUGGAGAGCACAGUAUACGAGACACCUCGGAGCGCCUGCCGCACGAGGAUUACACCAUUCGGCGAAAGAUCGUGAACGAGGGCUUCAAUCGGCUUACCUUCAGGAAUGACAUUGCACUCCUGGAGCUCUCACACCCCGUCAUCUUCCGCGAGCACAUCCUCCCAGUAUGUCUUCCCAACAAGGGAGACAACUUCGCAGGAGGACUUGCCACCGUCGCCGGCUGGGGAAGGCUGAAGUACUCGUCCAGCUACUCCCCGAGCGUCCUGCAAACAGUGGAUGUGAUGGUGAUCGAGAAUGAGGAGUGCCGGAAGUGGUACAGGGAAACAGGACGCAGUGAAAGGAUCUACGACACGAUGCUGUGUGCUGGAUACAAGAUGGGUGGCAAAGAUUCCUGUCAGGGUGACUCGGGAGGCCCGCUGACGUUCAAGAGGAACGACCGCAUCUACCUCAUCGGUGUCGUCUCGUGGGGAGUCAAGUGCGCAAUGCCUUUCCUACCUGGGGUCUACACACGAGUGUCUGAGUUCGUCGACUGGGUGCGAAUCUACGUGACGUGACUCCGUCUCUGCAAGAGAAUGAAUGUCUCGCCACUAGGGGAAGCAAUAAGUUUAAAGCAAAAUUUCAUCCGCGCUUGAAAGAAGCUGCGUUUUGAUGGAUGAAACCUAAA